AAUAAACAAGCAGCCAGUUAUUAAAACGGGAACAUGGCGGCCGCAGACCCAGCCACAGCUUCAUUUUGCAAAGCGCAGCGCAGCGCGGGCGGCCGCCGCCGCCGCCGGACACGCCAGUGACCCCGUACACCUGAGAUGUAUCUGAGUACUGAAGCUCAUACACACACAACCUGUAGAACUGUUUUAACUGCCUCAUUGAGUCUUGGUCUUUGAAUUCGGGGUCUGACUGAAUUUUUUCCAGAAGUUGGAAGCUUUGUAAUGAACGGGGCAGGGGACUGCAGGAAGAGAGAGGAUGGUCUGAUGGGUAACAAAGUUGUGUUCUGUCCUGGAGAAUUGGAUUUUGCUCCUGCCUGUGUCACAGACUUCCUAUAUGAUGCUCGUUGCUGAUAUGUGUUCAAGAUGAGUGGGAUGGGAGAAAAUUCCUCUGACCCAUCUAGGGCAGAGUCAAGAAAGCGAAAGGAAUGUCCUGAUCAGCUUGGACCCAGCCCUAAAAGAAGCACUGAGAAACGUAACCGUGAGCAGGAGAAUAAAUACAUAGAAGAACUUGCAGAGCUGAUUUUUGCAAAUUUUAAUGAUAUUGACAACUUUAACUUUAAACCUGACAAAUGUGCAAUCUUGAAAGAAACUGUGAAGCAAAUUCGUCAGAUAAAAGAACAAGAAAAAGCUGCAGCAGCCAAUGAAGAUGAAGUACAAAAAGCAGAUGUAUCAUCUACAGGUCAGAGUGUCAUUGACAAGGAUGCACUUGGACCAAUGAUGCUUGAGGCCCUAGAUGGGUUCUUCUUUGUAGUGAACCUGGAAGGCAAUGUUGUGUUUGUUUCUGAGAAUGUGACACAGUACCUAAGGUACAACCAAGAAGAGCUGAUGAACACAAGUGUGUACAGCAUCCUGCAUGUAGGGGACCACAAUGAAUUUGUCAGAAAUCUGCUGCCAAAAUCUUUAGUGAAUGGGGGACCUUGGUCUGGUGAAGCUCCUAGGCGCAACAGCCAUACCUUUAAUUGUCGGAUGCUGGUAAAACCUUCAACUGAUUCUGAAGAAGGCCAUGAUAACCAGGAAGCACAUCAAAAAUAUGAAACUAUGCAGUGCUUUGCUGUUUCUCAACCAAAGUCCAUCAAGGAGGACGGUGAAGAUUUGCAGUCAUGCUUGAUUUGUGUGGCAAGAAGAGUCCCAAUGAAGGAAAGGCCACUUCCCUCAUCAGAGAAUUUUACUACUCGCCAAGACCUACAAGGUAAGAUAACAUCACUGGACACUAGCACCAUGAGAGCAGCCAUGAAGCCUGGCUGGGAGGAUUUGGUGAGAAGGUGCAUUCAAAGAUUCCAUGCACAGCAUGAGGGAGAGAUAUCAUUUGCCAAGAGGCAUCACCAAGAAGUGCUGAGGCAGGGACUAGCAUUCAGUCCUGUCUAUCGAUUUUCCUUGUCUGAUGGCACUAUAGUUGCUGCCCAAACAAAGAGCAGGCUCAUCCGUUCUCAGACUAAUGAACCUCAGCUUGUAAUAUCCUUGCAUAUGCUUCACAGAGAGCAGAAUGUCUGUGGAAUGAAUCAGGAUUUGCCUGGACAAGCAGUGGGAAAGACAACGAACCCAAUUAGUUCCAGCAGCCCUGCCCAUCAGGCUAUGUGCAGUGGGAAUCCAGGUCAGGAUAUGACCAUCAGUAGCAAUAUAAAUUUUGCCAUAAAUGGCCCAAAGGAACAAAUGGGCAUGCCAGCAGGCAGGUUUGGUGGUUCAGGGGGAAUGAACCAUGUGUCAAGCAUACAAGCAUCCACUCCUCAGGGUAGUAACUAUGCACUAAAAAUUAAUAGUCCCUCACAAAGCAGCCCUGGCAUGAACCCAGGACAGCCAAACUCUAUGCUUUCCCCAAGGCAUCGUGUGAGUCCUGGAGUGGCAGGAAGUCCUCGAAUCCCACCCAGUCAAUUUUCCCCUGCAGGAAGCUUGCAUUCACCUGUGGGAGUUUGCAGCAGCACAGGAAAUAGCCAUAGUUAUACCAACAGUUCUCUAAAUGCACUUCAAGCCCUCAGUGAGGGCCAUGGAGUUUCUCUAGGGUCAUCGUUGGCUUCACCUGACCUAAAAAUGGGUAACUUACAAAAUUCCCCGGUUAAUAUGAAUCCUCCUCAGCUAAGCAAAAUGGGAAGCCUGGACUCUAAAGACUGCUUUGGACUUUAUGGGGAGCAAUCAGAAGGUACAACUGGACAAACAGAAAGUACCUGCCAUUCAGGAGAACAGAAAGACAGUAAUGAUAACAACAUGUCCCAAGUUGUCAGCAGUGAGAGACCUGAUGGACAGAACAGACUGCAUGAUGGAAAAAGCCAGACAAAGCUCUUACAAUUGCUGACCACCAAAUCUGAUCAGAUGGAGCCUUCACCCUUGUCCAAUCCCAUUGGAGAUGUUAACAAAGACUCCACAGGAGUUUUAUCUGGUUCUGGUUCAGCACAUGGAACCUCGCUCAAGGAGAAGCAUAAAAUUUUGCACAGACUUUUGCAGGAUAGUAGUUCUCCUGUAGAUUUGGCCAAGCUUACAGCAGAGGCCACAGGCAAAGAACUGAAUCAGGAGUCGAAUAGCACAGCUCCUGGUUCAGAGGUGACUGUUAAACAGGAACCGGUGAGUCCUAAGAAGAAAGAGAAUGCACUACUUCGCUACUUGCUAGAUAAAGAUGAUACUAAAGAUAUUGGCUUACCAGAAAUAACCCCAAAACUGGAGCGUUUGGAUAGUAAGACGGACACUUCUGGUAGCACAAAAUUAAUAGCUAUGAAGACAGAAAAGGAGGAGAUAAACUUUGAGCCCAACGAACAGCCAGGCAGUGAAUUGGAUAACUUGGAGGAGAUUCUGGAUGAUCUACAGAACAGUCAGUUACCACAGCUUUUCCCAGAUACUCGGCCAGGUGCUCCAGCUGGUUCAGUUGACAAGCAAGCCAUCAUCAAUGACCUCAUGCAGCUUACUGGUGAAAACAGCUCCGGCACUUCCAUUGGGGCCCAGAAACCAGCAAUGAGGAUUUCGCAGAACACUUUUAAUAACCCACGAGCAGGGCAACUGAGCAGGUUAUUACCAAACCAGAAUUUACCGCUUGACAUUACACUGCAAAGCCCAACCGGUGCAGGAAAUUUCCCUCCUAUAAGAAACAGUAGUCCAUAUUCAGUGAUACCUCAGCCAGGAAUGAUGGGCAGUAUGAUUGGAAAUCAAGGAGCUUUAGGAAACAACACAGGAAUGAUUGGUGGUAAUACCCCUCGGCCUGCUAUGACAUCUGGAGAGUGGGGAACCCCAGGUUCUGCCGUGAGGGUAACUUGUGCUGCUACAACCAAUACCAUGAACAGGCCAAUCCAAGGAGGCAUGAUACGUAACCCAACAGCCAGUAUUCCUCUGAGACCCAGCAGCCAACCUGCCCCAAGACAGAUGCUACAAUCUCAGGUCAUGAAUAUGGGGCCCUCUGAAUUGGAGAUGAAUAUAGGGGGACCUCAAUAUAACCAACAGCCAGCCCCUCCAAAUCAGACUGCACCGUGGCCAGACAGCAUCUUGCCUAUAGAUCAGGCAACUUUUAGCAAUCAGAACAGGCAGCCAUUUGGCAGCUCACCAGAUGACUUGCUGUGUAAUCAUCCUUCAUCAGAGUCACCAAGUGAUGAGGGGACUCUCCUGGAUCAGCUUUAUAUGGCACUAAGAAAUUUUGAUGGUCUAGAAGAAAUUGACAGGGCUCUAGGAAUACCAGAACUGGUUAGCCAGAGCCAGGCUGUAGAUCCAGAGACAUUCUCAAGUCAGGAUUCGAACAUCAUAAUAGAACAAAAGGCACCAGUUUUCACUCAACAGUAUGCAUCUCAGGCUCAAAUGGCCCAGGGUAGCUAUACACCCAUGCAGGAUCCAAACUUUCACCCAAUAGGACAGCGACCUGGUUAUCCAACGCUGCGUAUGCAAACUAGGCCUGGUCUUAGGCCUACUGGUAUAGUGCAGAACCAACCAAAUCAGCUGAGACUUCAACUUCAACAUAGACUCCAAGCACAGCAGAAUCGCCAGCCACUGAUCAAUCAGAUCAGCAGUGUCUCCAACAUGAACCUGUCUCUGAGGCCUGGAGUACCAACACAGGGACCUAUCAAUGCACAGAUGCUGGCCCAGAGGCAGAGGGAGAUACUGAGUCAGCACCUAAGGCAAAGACAGAUGCACCAGCAACAGCAGGUGCAACAGCGAACUCUAAUGAUGCGAGGACAGGGUUUGAAUAUGACACCAAGCAUGGUGGCCUCUGGUGGUAUACCAGCAACCAUGAGCAACCCACGGAUUCCACAAGCAAAUGCACAGCAGUUUCCAUUUCCUCCAAACUACGGAAUAAGUCAGCAACCUGAUCCAGGCUUCACAGGGGCUACCACUCCCCAGAGUCCACUGAUGUCCCCAAGGAUGGCUCAUACUCAGAGUCCUAUGAUACAGCAGUCUCAGGCUAGCCCUGCCUAUCAGUCCUCUACAGAGAUGAAUGGAUGGGCACAAGGGAACAUGGGUGGGAACAGCAUGUUUUCACAACAGUCCCCACCACAUUUUGGGCAGCAAGCAAGCACCAGCAUGUAUAAUAACAACAUGAACAUCAGUGUAUCCAUGGCAACCAACACAAGUGGUAUGAACAACAUGAACCAGAUGACAGGGCAGAUCAGCAUGACCUCAGCGACCUCUGUGCCUACAUCAGGGUUGUCCUCCAUGGGUCCUGAGCAGGUUAAUGAUCCUGCUAUGAGGGGAGGCAAUCUUUUUCCAAACCAGCUGCCUGGAAUGGAUAUGAUAAAGCAGGAGGGAGAUGCAACACGGAACCAUUCUGUGUAUGGGCACGUGCAUAUAACACCACAACUGGCUGAAAGGCUGUUUUCAAUACCACUGGGAUUCAUGUGACAUUGUGUACAUCUCUAAGACUGGAGGAUUUACCUACAGGUAAUUUUUUUUGUGGAGUGGAUCAUGUAAAUAGAAAUAAUAGAAAAGAUGGCCACUGAUGGCAAUAUAUCUCUCAUGAGUAUAAGGGGGGGGGAGGAGUUUUUAGAGGUUGUGGAUUUUUAAGAGCAGUUUCAAUGGAAGAGGAAGAAGCACGUGACAGAAGAGGGCAAUAGGUACAGAAGCUGAGGCUGGGAAAAAGAGAUUAAGGAAAAUGUUAAUCAAUAGGAUAGAAAGCAAGCAAGUUUUAAAUGUAGGUGGACGGGAAGAUGCUGGAGUUUUAUGUGAGGAUUUGCUAUGGUAAGAGUUCCAAUGUGGGAUUGCAAAUCAAAAUUAAAUUCAUUUCAAAUGGCAAUGUUUAAGUUGCUAAAAUAUGGAUAAUCUGAGUAUGUAAUAAUGAUUUCAGAUGUUUGUUCUACAAUUUCAUCAGUAUCAAACUGAAACACUUUCAAGUACAUAGCCUAUUUUAGAUGUAUUAGUAACAGCAAGUAAACAAUAUAAUUUGUCCUGGUUAAAAACUACUGAAUUCUACAGAAUUCUUUGGGAGUCCACUUGUCUCCCCAGUCAGAAUUUUGCACAAGUACCUGUAAAAUAUGUAACAUGUUUUUAAAAAUACAAGUUUUGCAAACUUCCAUAAUCCUGAAGUUGGGGUUAAAGCAGGUUUGCUUCUCUAGUGUAUUUUAAUCAGUCACAGCUGGUAGCAUUGUUUGCAAUAUUUUUAUUAUAUUACAGCAGUAAGCAGUUUGUUGUAUAUUGUGUAAUCUAAAUAUAGGCUUUCUUCGAUGAAAAUAAAAAAUAUACAUUAGAUGUAGCUAUAUGAAGAAAAAUCUAAUCAGGAAUUAGUUGUGUUGUAUUACAACACAAAUACUAAAAAUUUUCAGAGUUCUGUAUGUAGAAAUCUAACUUUAGCUAAUGGUAGCUUAAUGUGGUUUUACGUUUGUUUUAGUAUGUUAAAGAAUACGACAUUUUAAAACUUUUAAGAUCUAUGAAAGUGAUAAAAAUAUUUAACAAUGAAACUUUUCAAGGUAACUAAAGAAUGAAGAAUUUCCUAUUGGUUUCUAAGCCCAAAACAUUUUUGAUUUAUGAUCCUACGAUACUAUUUGAACUAGCACACAUUAAUAAUUCAUAGUCUGGCCAUUAGUGCAACAAAUUUGUAUUAACUAACUUUAGAUAUUUAAAAAAAGAAAAAGAAAAUCUAAGUCUGCUUUUGCCUGAAAGCAGAUCUCAUCUCCAUAGGGUAUUUAGAGUUAAAAUUGUUGAAAGACAUAUACCCUAAAUUAUAACAGCAUAGCACAAUUACUAUUAAUGAUCUGAAGAUAAGAUUUUCUGACCAUCUCUUUAUGUUUGUCUUAACUCAGUCAUAAAAAGGUGCUCUGGGCUGCAGUUUUUGUGGGGGUUUUUUUAAAUAUGCUGGUAAAAUUUCCAUCUGGAAACUGUUUAUUUAUUUAAGUUUUAAAGUUGUGUUAAGUGGUUGUAAUCCCUCCAAAAAAGUUUUUUUUUUCCUCACCAGGAUUGUAUUUUUAUAUAUUUUCCUUCUCUUAUCAUGUAACUUUGUUAUGAUGCAAUGACCAAGUUUAUUCCCUGUGAAAGCCUUUAUAGUCAUUGGAAUGAAUGUGGCUCAUUGUGGGCUGGCUGAUUUAGUGGGUCAUAAGGACACAUUUCUUUAUGAAUGUCUAUUUUUCUACAGGGUUUUGAAUUCAUAUGCUAAUAUUGUUGCAGCACAUGUUGUCAGUGCAUUAAACAUAGAAGCUAAUGCAUAGUAAAUUUUUGUUAGGCCUAGCUGAACUAGAUAUUUUUGCCUACUUGAGAUGACAAAAUCAGAGGUCAUUUAUAGUAAAUUAUGAGCAUAUUCAGAUCAUCAUCACAGGGAAUACCUGUUGGAUGCAUGGAGCUUCUGAGGUUCAGCCAUGCCUGUCGGCAGCAGGCCUGGAGUAAUGUGUAGACAUGAAUUAAGGGUCCUGGAUUCCUGAGUAGGGUGAUGUUUUGAAAUGAGUUGUCAUUCAGGAAAAACAGGUACCUUCCUAGUCUUCAUGGCCACAAAGAAAAGCUUGAAAUGGGAAUCAAAUGCAAUGUGAUGAGAUCUGCCUGAAUCUACAGACAGCCUUUAGGAGCUAGAAGUACAGCAACCAUACCAGCCAAGGAGAAAGCUGCCUUGCUCCAAAAUCACCACAAAGAAAACCACACCUUUGUUUGGGAGGGCAAAGUGCAAAGUUUGUCAACAAGGAUUUGACUGUUUGAGCUCUUGCACUGAUUUAGAAAGCAAUGUUUUCACAGUAGGAUUAGCAGGUUGCUCAUAUACCCCCACAGGAGUCCCCUCUUCACUUCUGGCCUGUCAUUUCUCAGGGGGUCAAACAGUAAGGGGAAAUCAAAGAGGUGUUUCUCUGGCAAGUGUCACUGAUCAGAAUGAAAUUACACUCUCGGUAGCUUGUGGAUAUGAUCAGCACCCCCCUUUUCUGUGAUCAGGAAUGUGGAAUAGUUAACCACAACUAUUUAAAUAUCAAUAUUGCUAUGUAUUUGCAGCAACAUCUCAUUGAGAUAAAUGGAGCGGCUCACAUCUCUCAGAGCUGUUGUUUCAGGUAGAGCUGGUUGGGUAUUUUUGAUGGAAAAUGCUGAUUUGCUUAAAUGGAAACUUUCUUUGGGAAGAAUCCAGUUUUGGAUUUUUCAAAUUCAGAGUGAUGUUCAGGUUCAGAAUAAUGUUUCCAAGCCAAACAUGAGAAGACAGAUACCCAAGAAGAGCUGGUGGGCUGAGCACUUGUUGAGGGUUCUCAGUUUCAGAGGUUAUCAUCAGAUUAUCAUCAGAGGAGUUACAAGAAGUUUUUGCACUAAGGGCACUAAGGGCCAUUCCAGCAACAAUGGCUGGAAUACCAUGUGCCUCUUCAAAAUCAACACCUGCCGUUAGUGCCCCAGUUUCUACCUUUAGCUAUGUUACUGGUUGCUGUCUAAAUUUCUCUCAGCUUCUAAAUUUGGGCACAUACAAACAAAGGUUCAGUAGCAGAGCAGCAAAGCACAACUUUACACUUCUGAAUAGUCCCACUCACUUCAGCAGUACUAAUCAUAUUUAAAGUAACAUGUGGUCUUUGGUGUUGAAGUAAAGCCUUAAUGGCAUGAGCACAGAGAACUGUGAAGCUGCCUCUUUUACGGCCAGUUUUGGAAGUUUGGUCCCUUUUGGUCUUAUUUAAUCAUGACACGUAGGUUGACUGAGUUCUGUUUAAAUCUGUAUUGUGCAAGACAGAUGCAUGUGUCUAUGGCCUCUGGUAGAUGUUACCUUUAUAAUACAUUUAACGUGGUUUUUUGGACCAUAAAUUACAACAUGCCACAUAUUCAGUCAACUUGUAGUACCGUAAAAUAGAAAACCAGAAACAAAGAUACUCCACGUAAUGUAGAACAUCUGUGUUGCUGGUUUUUGUGGUAUCUUAAAUUGAACAUUUGCACAUGUUGUUCCACACUGGGGCUGCCCCAAACUCUGCCAGUUGUCUAAGUGUCAGCAUCUCCAGGGAACAGCCCCAGAUCUAAAACAGCACUGACCCUGUAUACUCCCAUUAUCUCCAACCAGACUCGGGGCUGUCUAGAGCUGGUGCCAACAAUCAAGUGAUUGUACCUCAAGCCAAUCUCAAACUAGCUGAUUGUUGGAUCUGGCCCCAAAUAGCUCUGUCUUGGGGCUGCCCGUGUCCAUUCCUGACACUUAGCUGAGCAUCAGGAUAGGGCAAAGGAGAGCCCUAGGAUCGAAGACAAAGCUGCAUGUCUGAAUCUCAGGAUUGGACUUGGGGCAGUCCUGCAGUGGCACAGUUGGAUUUAAGGAAUUUAAUGCCCAUCCCAAAUAUUGUGCAUUCUGCCAUACAGUGUUUGGGAUGGAGCAUAAAAUUCCUCACAUCUCAGUGACUCCAUUAUUUUAAUAUCUGCAUGUGGGCAACAUAGCCUUGUUCCCCUAUCCUCUGCAUCUCUGUCCAUGAAGAAGUAAUUGAUUUUUUUCCUAUUUCU